GCGGUAUGACAACAUGCGAGGUGCACAGAUGGCCUGGACUCCCCCGAGCAGCCAAAGCUCCAAGGGAAGCCCAUUUGAUUUUGCAGACUUUCGAACCAGGAGCCGGCCAGAGCCCAAUGAGAACGUGAGGUAUUGGCAGCAGUUCCAUCAGCCUCCUGUGGAGCUAAUCUCGAGGCCCGAGGCCAAGAAGAGGUUCCGCCGAAACCAGCGGCUCUUUGGCUACUGCCUGCUCAUCAUGUUGGGCAGCCUGACCGUUCAUUAUGUAGGAUUCAGGAAGCUGGAGGAAGUACACAACAAUUUCAUGGACGAAAAGGAUAGAGCCAUUACCCAGAUCUACAAUGAGAACAAAGAGCGAGCCAGGUCCAUGGGCCUCCAGAAGCAGCAGGAACUCUUGCGCCAGAAGCAUGCUGAAUUCUCCCAGCGGUACCGCACCGGCCCCGAACAGCUGCAUGAAGAACCUGGAGCUUUGGACUCGGUGCAGGUCCCACCUCCUCCAAACCCGACGGCUCAAAAGGGCUGAGAUACUGUCUCCACUUCUCUUUUGUGCAAAUAGAACCAUCUUUCCGCAGUGA